AGGUUCCUGUCGAUCUCCGUGAAGGCCUGGGAGGGCGAGGAGCUGCCUACGGUGGACAAGCUCACGCCCAUGACCGUCAUCAACGAGCUGUUCGAGCUGGACCACCGGAAGAUCGCGCAAGAGCCGUCCUUCUACAAGUCCACUCACAGCUCCGACAGAGAAGAGCAGUUUGUCGUCAAAGACAGAGAAACAUAUUACACAUCGGCCCAACGAAGCACUAUCGUCUGGGAACUGAUGAUUCGUGCCAAAGCCCCCGACGGCGAAAGACUUGGGAUUCGGUACCUGUUAAGCAAUAGCACGUACCUUUCAGCCUUCCCGCUCCACGAAGGCCGUUACGACGCGGACGGACCCAACGGGUUCACAUUCGACAGACGGCUGCUGUACCUGGAGUGGGGCCGCGCGGCGCGCUGCCUCAAGAAGCAGCCCCUGUGGCUGGUGCGCAAGUACUUCGGCGACAAGAUCGCCAUGUACUUCGCGUGGCUGGGCUUCUACACCAAGGCCCUCAUCCUGCCGUCCGCGGUCGGCCUGUUCUGCUUCUUCUACGGCCUCCUGACCAUGGACUCGGCCGACAACAUCCCCAGUAAAGAGAUCUGCGACCCGCUGGGCCCCGGGAACAUCACGUUGUGCCCGCUGUGCGACAAGGCCUGCCGCUACCAGCAGCUCAAAGAGUCGUGCCUGUUCUCCAAGAUGACGUACCUGUUCGACAACCCGUCCACUGUCUUCUUCGCCAUCUUCAUGUCCUUUUGGGCCACCAUGUUCCUGGAGAUGUGGAAGCGGCGCGCGGCCGUGAUCCGCUGGGAGUGGGACCUGCAGUACGUGGAGCAGGACGAGGAGCCCCGGCCCGAGUUCGAGGCCAACGUCAACACGUACAGGAUGAACCCGGUGACGCGGCAGCGCGAACCCUACCUCACGUCCUGGAACCGCUGCCUCAGGUUCACGGCCACCGGCUCGGCAGUCAUGUUCAUGGUGGUGGUGGUCUGCUGCGCUGUGCUAGGCACCAUCAUCUACCGCAUUUCCCUGGUAACCGUCUUCCACAGCGGAGGGGGUAACUUUCUCAAGAAGCACGCCAAGAUCUUCACGUCCAUCACGGCCGCCUGCAUCAACUUGAUCAUCAUCCUGAUCCUCACCAGAUUCUACCACCAGCUGGCGUUGUGGCUGACCAACCUCGAAAACCCGCGCACCCAAACUGAAUACGAGGACAAUUUCACGUUUAAAAUAUUUGUGUUUGAAUUUAUGAACUUCUACUCUUCUCUCAUUUACAUCGCCUUCUUUAAGGGCCGAUUCUUCAUGCACCCGGGCGACGAGACGACGCGGAGCAACGAGUUCCUCAAGCUGAAGGGCGACGUCUGCGACCCGGCGGGCUGCCUGUGGGAGCUGUGCAUCCAGCUCGCCAUCAUCAUGGUGGGGAAGCAGUGCCUCAACAACUUCGUCGAAGUCUUGUAUCCCAAGUUCUGGAACUUGUACUACAACCUGUACCACAAGAGCCACACCAAGAAGGACCUGAACCGCGGGCUCACGCGCUGGGAGGAGGACUACCAGCUGCAGGACCCCGGCAGGCUGGCGCUGUUCUACGAGUACCUGGAGAUGGUGCUCCAGUACGGCUUCGUGACGCUGUUCGUGGCCGCCUUCCCGCUCGCGCCCGUCUUCGCGCUGCUCAACAACAUCGCCGAGAUCCGCCUGGACGCGUACAAGAUGGUGACGCAGGCGCGCCGGCCGCUGGCCGAGCGCGUCGAGGACAUCGGCGCCUGGUUCGGCAUCCUGCAGACCAUCACGUACAUCUCGGUCGUGUCCAACGCCUUCGUCAUCGCCUACACGAGCGACUUCAUCCCCCGCAUGGUGUACAAGUACAAGUACUCGCCCACGGACGACCUCACGGGCUACAUCGACGCCUCGCUGUCCGUGUUCAACACGUCGCACUACACGGCGGACAUGGGCUCGGACGUGGACGACCCGGACCCCGACGUGUGCCAGUACCGCGGCUACCGCAACGGGCCCGACCACCCCUCGGACCCGUACGGACUGUCGCCCCAGUAUUGGCACGUGUUCGCCGCCAGGCUGGCCUUCGUCGUCGUGUUCGAGGGGCGGGAACUUCAACAUAAGAAGUUUUCAGGGCACCAGUGGCACUUCUUGUACUGA